AUGAUGGUAUGAACUUUGGGCCAACGCGUGCAAGUAAGAAAGCAAAGAGGCAAAGACCAAAAAACUUAAUUUAAGCUAAGAAGCAGAGACCAAGCAGCAAUGGCGGCAUCAGUUAUGGCUUCAGUGAGUCUAAAACCAACUCCUUUCUCGGUAGAGAAGUCAGCAGUGAGAGGGCUUCCCUCUCUUGCAAGGACUAAUUCGUCAUUCAAAGUUGAGGCCAGUGGAGUGAAGAAGCUCAAGACUGACAAGCCAUAUGGAAUUAGCGGUGGCUUGAACUAUGAGAAGGGAGUAGACGCAUCCGGGAGGAAGCAAAAGGGAAAGGGUGUAUACCAAUUUGUGGACAAAUAUGGCGCUAAUGUCGAUGGAUACAGUCCUAUCUACGACACCAACGAUUGGUCUCCAAGUGGUGAUGUCUAUGUUGGUGGUACCACCGGCUUGGCCAUAUGGGCAGUUACCCUAGCUGGUAUUCUUUUAGGAGGUGCACUUCUUGUCUACAACACAAGCGCUUUGAGCCAGUAGAAAUCCAAUCAUGUUUUCUUAUGCUGCAACUAUAGUAUAUCCAAAAACAUACUGGAAGUACAACCUUAUUUGUAAUGUUUUAGGCAUGGACAUGAAUUGAUGCCUGUUUUAUGACUUCUAAUGUGAAUUAUUCUGAAACUAUUCUUCUU